UGGUGUCACCAACUUUUUUUCUUUUAAAAAUCUCAAUAUAUUGACUUUUUUCUCAAUAUAUUGAGAUUUUUCUCAAUAUAUUGAGAUGUUUCUCAAUAUAUCGAGAUUUUUCUCAAUAUAUCGAGAUUUUUCUCAAUAUAUUGGCAUUUUUCUCAAUAUAUUGAGAUUUUUCUCACUAUAUUGACUUUUUCAUUUGUGUGUGCGUCCUGAACAACGAGACGUGAUCAAGAGAUUCCAGCGUUCGAGCCGGUUGUUAUACUUACAUUUUGAGUUUAUUUUGUGCCAUCUGUUUGUAUGUAGUAGGCAGGUAGGUAGCAAUGUAGGUAAUAAUAAUUAUUUUCUCUACGACUAUUAAAUAAUGCCCUGAUUCUUGCUGCAUAUUACAUUGAAUAAUAGUUUAAAUUCUUCACAGCGUGAUUUCUUUGUAAGAAAUCACGCUCGAUUAGCCAAUCACAUGCUUUUAUUUUUCAGAAUUCACGGUAAUAUGCAAUAAUCACAUCGCUUUGGAAAAAACUGACGGAGCGUAUCUUAGCAACCGCAUAAGUCACCAUUUGAAACGUCAAAAACGUAACUAAUUUCUUUUAAUUUUUUAAUAGUCGUAAAGGAAGUAUAGUCUUCUACUUGCCUAGAAUGGCUAUUAUUCACUUGGAACUUCAUCCACGUGAAUAAUAGCUUCUAUUCUACGCUCGUUGAAGAAUGUACUAUAAUUUUAGUUAUUAAUCUUAAUGUUUGUAAAAUCAUACGUAGGUACCUACACCUACCCUAAAUAUUAUACUAAUUCUAGUUACUUCUAUUUACAUUUUAUUUUGUUUUGUGUUCGGUGAUGGUAUUGAGCACAAAUGGUGGAUUCGCGAAUUGGUUUUCUUGAAGUUUAGUUGGAGAUGGCUAUCUAAUAAGUUAUCUUCGUGAACCAACCAAUAGGGUCGAAACUUAAAGUUGGAGGACGAUCGACGAUCGUAUCAUAUGGUGUGUCACAUUUCGUCUCACACACGUCGCAGUAAUGCGAUUGAACAAUACUGUCUCCUUUAACCACUAGUGAGUAACAAACCAAGUGGCGACAUAAUCAUACAGCUUUAACUUUGCUUACGAAACAAAAUUUUAUGUUUAACAGCCACUGAAUUGAACAAAACACAAAACAAAACCCAUAAUUCAGUUGGAACGCACAUUAAGCACCUAACUUAGUUUCAGUUGUACGAUCUGCAUUUUACGUGGUUUGAGAAAAAAUGUCGGAAUUAGAAGAUUUCUUGAAACGGCAUAAUGUGCCAGAGGAAGUUGUUCAAAAUAUUAUUGCAGAACAGAUUUCUGAAGAAGUUAUAAAUAUGAUGUCCGAUACAGAACUAAAAACAUUUUUACCAGCUUAUGGGCACAGGAAGUUGGUUAGAGAGUUUUGUUUGAUGCGAGCACCAAGUACAUCGAAACAAGAAGCUUCUAAACAAUCACUACUGGAAAAAAUUAGAAGCCAAAUAUUUAGGGGAAAUAAAAAUGAUGAGGAAUCUGUGGUACACACAAAGAAAAAAAUUAAAUACAAUUCAGAAAAGUCGACCAGAAAUAUUGAAAUGGGUUGGCUACAUGAAGAUGGAAACAAAAUUGUGCAAGUACGUAGCAAAAAAGGGGGAGGAACUAGGAAACUGACAGUGGAGAAAUCUGCGAUGAAACAAGAACUGAUUGAAGCUGCGCAAAAAGUGUUUUUCCCUAACGGUUUCUCACCCAAAGGAAACAUCGAGGAUUUCGAUUUUGACUUGCUAGACUUCAAACACAAUGAAUAUCCACCAGAUAUAUCUAUUUCUCAGAUUUUGAAUAGUACUAAAGUAAAAGUUCUUCGAUUUUAUUUAAAAUCUGAGCGAAAAAACAUAAAUGCCGCAGAAAAAGACGUCAUCGAACAGUCAACUGCAGAGGCCUCAGAAGUAGUGGUGGCAGCUGAAACUGCCCGAUUUUAUUCAAAUUUUCUAGAUGAAGAUCUUGACAUACUACAAGAGGAUGCCAUUACCACAAAUGAUGUGGUUAUAUUUGAUUUGGAGUCUGCUUCGGAGCCAGGUUUGCAGGAAUUAUUUAAUAAUCCACAUUUUGACAUACAUCCAAAUGAACGAUUCUUAGAAACAACUACAAUGUCAGCACAAUUGCCUGCUAUUCAGAGUACUUCUACCAGUGUACAGAAUUAUACUACAAAUGUUCUUGAUAGAAACCGUCCAAACCUUGAAGAUCUAAAUGCAGAAAACCAAUUUCAGCAAACAGAUAAUAUUCAAACGUUAACACUACACAGAGGCAAAAUAUUUGAGGAACUGAUAGAAGCUUUUCAGAAGCACACGUUUCAUUAUUCUUGUGCUCUAAAAAUUGAAAUGAUUCUUCCAAACGGAGAAACAGAAUACGCAGAGGAUGUUGGAGGAGUUUUCCGAGAUACACUUUCAGAAUUUUGGUCCAGUUUUUAUGAGAAGUGUUCUGUAGGAACCAAUCUGAAAAUUCCGUAUUUGCGACACGAUUUUAAUGAAACUCAGUGGAAAGCGAUUGCAAGUAUAUUCUUAAAAGGUUUUACUACAGAAAGUUAUAUUCCAAUAAAAAUAGCUCCUGUUUUUAUUCUGAGUUGUUUGGGAUGUGCGAUACAAGAUGAAGAUCUAAUACAAAAUUUCUUGCAUUUUGUUUGCGAAUCUGAAAGGGAAAUUCUCCGGCAAGCAUUGUUGGACUUCGAUAAUGUGGACAGUGAUGAACUCUUAGACAUUUUCUCCAAUUAUGAUGCAAAAUGGAUUCCCACAAAAACCAAUAUUAAUUUAUUCUUAAGGGACAUUGCCCACAAAGAGCUCAUUCAAAAGCCCGCUUUUGUUAUUAAAUGCUUCGGACAAGUAUUCCAAACGCACAGUAGGAUUAGCACCUCUGAAAUUAUGGCUCUAUUUAACAACAUAAAACCAUCCUCAAAAAACUGUUUGGCAAAAAUUCAUUUACAAAAUGCAAACGAAACUACGCCACAAAUAACAGAAAUAUAUGGAUAUUUGAAAAAAUUUAUAAAAGAAGUUGAUGAUAGUACACGUUCGGCCUUUUUCAGAUUUUGUACCGGGUCUGAUUUACCUACAAGAGACAUUUAUGUAUCAAUUAUUAACACAACUGGCUUUGGGCGGGUUCCAAUAGGGCAUACAUGUUCUGGGUUGUUAGAAUUGCCCUCAAGUUACGAAAAUUUUGUAGUUUUUAGAAGUGAGAUGACAAAUAUCCUGCAAUCAAAUGUAUGGGUAAUGGAUAUUGUUUAAUAAAAAUAUAUAGGUAUAUGACUGUUCAUAUUUAUACCUACAUAUGUCUUAGCAAUAGGUAGGUAUAAUAUGUAUUAUUUUAUUUUUUGUUGCAAUU